AUGUCUACUGAAAUAGAUCAAGUUUUAGUAUCUUGUUUGAGUUUGAAUUCGGACGGACAGGAGGCCUUUAUAUGCAUUCCAUUAGCCACCACGUUUCCCAGGGAUGAUCAGUUCAUUGUUGAUCACGAUGAUGCUUACAUGAAAGAUAUGAUCGUACUCGAAACUGAUACUGUUGAGUUUCUUGAGGAUGUUUUUGUUGAUAAUAUUGAUCCUCCAAAGAUGAUGAGGCCUGCCAGUAAAACAGUCAUUGAAGGAUUGGAGAAAGUAAACAUCAAUGGAACAUCAUUAGUGUCGUGUUUGGUGUGCUUUGAAGAUUUUUCAAUCGUGACAGAAGCCGGACGCUUGCCCUGCUCCCACAUUUACCAUAUAGGUUGCAUAGUUAAAUGGCUUAAAGAGAGCAAUGCAUGUCCAUUGUGCCGGUACAAAAUGUCUGUUGUCGAUUUUGAUCUGAAUUCCACAAUGCCUGCCCUUGACCCUGAUGUGGAUUCUAAGGAUAUGAUUGCUGAUGAUAAUUGA